CUUGACGACGGCUCAACAAACGGCACCGCCCUCUGGCUCGGCGCACAAUGUCUAUCCAUGUAUUUGCUCGAUAUCCUGAGAGCCAAACCCCGCGCAGACGGACAACGUCGCAGGGCUAUUGAACUCGGCAGCGGCAUCGGCUUGUCUGCGUGCUCUAAAUGCACUCCGUCUUCUCGCAUUUACUCAGGCUUCAUCGGCUGGGACGUUCUGGCUACCGACCUCCCCGACGUCAUCGCUGCUGUGCUGUACAGCAACGUCGCGAACAAUGCCUCACAGUUGCCCGUCGACAGUGGAGUCAUCCAGGUCCGUGCUCUAGACUGGACAAUCCCACCACAAGAAUGGGUGUGGGACAGCGAAGAGUUCAUCGCUGCACCGUCAUCCUCUCGGAACAAACCCUACUCGGACGGACACCAGACUAUCGGACCACCAUUUGAUUUGAUCAUAUCCUCCGACACGCUCUAUUCGCCAGAUAUCGUCAUACCUCUUCUUCGCACCCUUCACACUCUCUGCACACUAUCCAUGCGCGCUGCCGCAUCAAUACGUUCUCCACCGGUCUAUCUCUGCAUUGAGAGACGCGAUCCCGAUCUUAUCGACCAGGCUCUCGAAGAAGCAAGGGUGAUAUGGGGGUUCGUUGUCGAGCGGGUGCCGCACAGGAAGGUGGUGAAAGCCAUGGAUAAGGGCGGUGUUAAUUGGGAGAAAGGUGAUUGGGAGGGUGUGGAGAUAUGGAAGCUAAUGCUGCCCGUGAGCAAGCAGCCAAAGGAGGCGAGCUCCCAGUGA